UAUUCUUAUUCUUAUACAUACUAUUAUUUUGCUACGUAGCUAAAAACCAAUUAACUCAAAAUUAAGCACUUGCUCAUUUGUUCAACGGAAAUGGGUUUUCUAGAUCCUCUUUUUGAACUCUUCGAGUUCCAUCGAGGCACCAGCCGAAGGAAGCUCAGCAAAGUUAGGAGAAAUCAACUUGAGACAGUGGAGAUAAGAGUGAAAAUGGACUGCGAAGGAUGCGAAAGGAGGGUGAGGAAGUCAGUAGAAGGGAUGAAAGGGGUGACGAAAGUAGAAGUGGAGCCAAAGAAGCACAGGCUGAUAGUAACCGGUUAUGUUGAUCCAGAUAAAGUGUUGCGACGAGUAAGACAUCGUACAGGAAAGAGGGCUGAGUUUUGGCCAUACGUUCCAUACGAUCUGGUGGAUCAUCCUUACGUGCGUGGCGUGUAUGAUAAGAAGGCUCCGGCUGGAUAUGUCCGCAACGUCUAUGAUAACCCGCAGGCUCCGAGUCUUGCGAGGGCGAGCUCCACUGAAGUGAACUAUAUUACUGCCUUUAGUGAUGAAAAUCCUCAGGCAUGCACGAUUAUGUGAGUAAUAUAGGAGGUGGUACAAAUGCUAAGCUAGUUGUUUGAUUUCUUACUGUGGAUUAGGGAUUUCUAUAUGGAUUUUGAACCCUUGCAGCUGCAGCCUGCAAUAAUUUAACUAGACGCGAUAUAUGUAAUUUGUUGUAGUAUUAAUUAAGGUGAGCUGAGCUUAUUCUGUAGUACUGGUAAAUGUGACGACAGUUGUACAUAUAUGUCAGUAUGAUUUUAUGUGUAUUGCUAAA